GUACACAAGACGCGAAACACUGUGAAUCCUGAACUCAUGUAAAUCCAUUCUUCAUUAACACACUGACUUCUUCAUAAAGAUGCAGUUCAUGUUGUUGUUCAGCAGACAGGGGAAGCUCCGUUUGCAGAAAUGGUACGUGCCGCUGUCCGACAAGGAGAAGAAGAAAAUCACGCGGGAGCUGGUGCAGACCGUCUUAGCCCGAAAGCCCAAGAUGUGCAGUUUCCUGGAGUGGAGAGACCUUAAAAUUGUUUAUAAAAGAUACGCCAGUCUGUAUUUCUGCUGUGCCAUUGAAGAUCAAGACAACGAGCUGAUCACCUUGGAGAUCAUCCAUCGAUAUGUCGAGCUGCUUGACAAAUACUUCGGCAGUGUGUGCGAGCUGGAUAUCAUCUUUAACUUUGAGAAGGCCUAUUUCAUCCUGGACGAGUUCCUGCUGGGAGGAGAAGCUCAGGAGACGUCGAAGAAGAACGUUCUGAAAGCCAUCGAGCAGGCCGAUCUCCUGCAGGAGGAAGCAGAGACUCCCCGCAGCGUCCUAGAGGAGAUUGGACUCACAUAAACUCUCUGAAACGACUCUCCCAAACCCACACACACUGCGAGCCUGUCCACUUAAAAAUGUAGCAAACACACACACACACACACAAACACACACACACACACUACUAUGUGUUUAUGUUUUAACCAGUCACCUCACAUCUGUACGUAGUCUGUGAGUUUAGAACAACACACACAAAUAUCGCCUGAAACAGAUUCAAUCAUGACGUUUACUGUACGUACAUCUGCUGUGAAGAAAACUCGCUGUUUCUUAUAACUGCAUUCUGUCCCACACACUGUGCUGAUAUGGCCUAUCAAUUACACUUGAUUAUCUCAUCAUUUGGGUUUAAUAUCAUCAAAUAUCCCAGCUGUAUACAUACUACACACACAAACUGGAGGGAAAUUCGAUAAAUUAUCUACUACCUUCACAGAUCCUUGGUGAUUUAUCACAUGUGAACCCAUAGAAAAGAAGUGGUCAAAAAACAAAAAGGGAUAUAUUCACAAACCAAAGAGUGCUUUAACCUUGUGUGUUAGAUGUAAAAAUCAGCACACUGUGUGCAGAGUGCAUUUGUAAGGCCUGAAACAUAGUCUCCGUAAGUAUGUGAACACAAACGCUUCUAGCUACUCUAAGCUCAAUUUCACACAUUUUUGCAAUCUGAAAUGUGUCAGAAUGCAAUUUGUAUCUCAACACUACCACCAGCUUCUUUACUACUGUCAUGGCUGAGCAGACGUGUGAAGAGAAUCUUGUUGAGCAAGUUAAUUUAAGUCAGCAUGAAAUGUCAUUUGCAACUCAUUUUACUUGAAAUAACACGACACAAAUCAUGCACAAUAAGUCCAGGAAUGUGUAAAAAGGAAGUAAAUAGGGUCAAUUUUGAUUUCAUGUUGAAUUAAAAGUGUGUUAAAUAAACUGCCGAUAUGUUUUUAGCUAGCUAUGUGAAGGGAACCCUAUUGCCCCCUUGAGUUUGUUACUGGUACCGCAACGCAGGACCAUAUGCUUGCAGUGUGUUCGCGAAACAAUGGCUGUGUCUCAUUUGGAAGGCUGCGUCCUCCGGAGGUUGCAUUUCUCGGCCGCAUAUGUCAUCGAGGCUGUCUCGUUUCAUAAAAGCGAGUAGGACACUUCGAAUGCAGCCUUUGAAUGUGAUCUCCUUUCACGGGAAUUCGGAGGAUGCAUGAGGUGUAUCCUUCGUGGGCACUCACAACCCACAAUUCUUUGCUUCAAUGGAAAUGUCUAAAAAUAAAUGACGCCAAUUUGCCCGUAAAUAUGAUGUUCAAACGCAAGUAAUGUUAAUUCCCAAGUUGAAGUACCUCAGUAGAUGGGUGCAGAGUUUAUAAUAUGUAUAAUUAUAUUAAUAUAUAAUUAAAACAAAUUAUUAGACUAAAAGUACACCUGUAAAAUCUAUUUUCUUUUCUCUUUACAACAUAACUCUCCUAAAAUUUACCUCAAACAUUCCCUUCUAAAGGGACUUUGUUACCGUCUCACUCGAAGCGCUCGCGCUUGUUAAAGAGUGGCGUGCUGUCAUAAUAACCAUGUUAUGUUCCGUUUCCGUUCUCUCCUACGAAGGCUGUCUCAUUUAAACAAGAUUGUUUAAAGGAGGACGCUCGGUAAACUGCAGCCUUCAAAGGACACGUCCUACCUAGCACGCAGACUUCCAAACGAGACACAGCCCAUGACAUUUGCGUACUUGUGUAGAAUUUGUUUCUUAUCUAAAACUGCAUUUAAUCCACUAACCUGAACAACCUCACUGAUAAUCCACUGUGUUAUAAAGGUAACUAACACUCAACCACUGUUAUAUUCAAUGUAUUACUACACACGAGUCAUACCAUGUAAAGAAAUUACUAUUUAUUUUUCAAGACUUGAAUAUUUCAAGUUGGACUUUAUACUGAUGUUUUAUCAUGCCAAUACUGUAACUAGUUUAGCUGCCGUUACAGUACAUCCUGUUCUACUAUAAACAAGUAUUUUGCAUGCAUGUAAUGACUAGCAGGUUGUUACAUGUAUGGUGUGUUCAAUGCAAAUGUAAAAGUGUGUGUGUACAGAUGUGUUACUGUUUAGGUUGUUUGUUUUCAUUGACGAUCACAUGAUGUAGUAACGAGCCAAUGUAAAGAUAACAUCACGUAAAGUUGUUUUUCGGUGAUCAACUCUUAAGGAAGUAUUUGAUCCAAAAAAAAAAAAAAAAGCCCAUGAUGUAAUCAUGUUCAGGCAUGUCUAUCUCGAUCUGGAGAGACGCUUUUGUGUUGUCGCAGUGUAAUAAAAUGUUUGUUGAAAAUUUAAUAAAUUUGUU